GUGAUCUCUUAGGAGGCGGGAAGGUGUACGGGUUGACUUAGUAAUUAGUGAUCGAGCAGUGAGAGGUGUGUGAGUGAGCUGCCAGCACCCAGGAGGACGGAUUUCUCCUCUUCGCUACAUGUCUUAACUCUUCUAUACAUCACUUGCUUUACCCCCACCAUCAUUCAGUGGUUCGUCAACUGUGGUAUAUUCACGGCACCUCAGCAAACUGUGGCAUCCAGCAUAGGAACAACAGAGUAAGGAGCAGCAUAUUAAUUGGGAGCACCCUCAGUGUCAACGAAGGACACACAGCACCAUUGGGUAACACGCGGGCAUAAUAUAAUCCGUCCAUAUUAAGAAAACAGAAAAUAUCAAAAGUGGAUUGCCCGCGGCAGCAGGAAUUAAGAGGUCAGAACGCGUAAGCAGAAGCAGAAGCGUCUGAGGCUGCAGGAAUUAAGAGGUCAGAACUCUUAAGCAGAGGGCCAGUGAUGCAGCGAGGCGUGGUGCAGAAGGUGCUGUCGGUGGAGCAGGCAGAGGGUCGUGGAGCCCGGGUCAGACGAAGCAUUGGAAGGAAGGAGCUACGACGCCUGGAUCCCUUCCUUCUGCUGGAUGAGUUUCGGGUUCGACAACCCGCAGGAUUUCCUGAUCACCCACACAGGGGAUUUGAGACAGUCACCUAUAUGCUAAAGGGCAGCUUCCACCAUCAAGACUUCUGCGGUCACUCCGGUGUGAUAAGGAAGGGAGAUCUGCAGUGGAUGACGGCGGGUCGAGGCGUGGUACACUCGGAGAUGCCAGCUUCUGACGGGGAUAACAUUGGCCUCCAACUCUGGAUUAACCUACCGGCCUCUCAGAAAAUGAUAGAACCAGUCUACCAGGAGCUGCUGGCCUCACAGGUACCAUCGGCGACCUCUGGUGGAACUACAGUGAAAGUGAUCGCUGGAGAGAGCAUGGGCGUGGAGUCUCCGGUCAGGACUCGUACACCUGUCUACUACCUGGACUUCCAGCAGGAACCUGGAGCAAAGUUCACCCAGGAGGUACCAAGGGACUGGAACGCCUUCAUCUACGUGCUUACGGGGACUAUCAGUGUUGUGGUAGACGAGGAAGAGAGUGAGAGUGGCCCCCACCACACCCUGGUCCUCAGUCAGGGAGACUCCGUCAAGGUCUGCAACACUGGACCGGACACCGCCCACUUUGUCCUUAUUGCUGGACAGCCCAUCGGGGAGCCGGUGGUGCAGGACGGUCCCUUCGUUAUGAACACCCGCGAGGAGAUCCGUCAGACCCUGCAGGACUACAGCGACGCCAAGAACGGCUUCGAGAACGCCCGCAACUGGAAGUCUGCCUAGACCCAAUGCUCGUUGUAGUGUAUCUUCGACGAUCUGCCUCCGACGACCUGGCUCCGACGACCUGGCUUCGACGAUCUGCCUCCGACGACCUGGCUUCGACGACGUGUCUCACGUGAUCUGGUGAUGACGAUCUGUCGACGGGGACCAGAAAUGAGGCAACAGGAAACAGCAAUGGUCGCUCUGGAACCACCUUCCUCCUGACCGUUCUAAUUUGUCACGCAGGCGUUCGUAUGGCUAUGUGGUAAAUAUAAUAAGGUAAUUAUCAGCAGUAUGCACUAAGCCAGUUUGAAUAUAGCACUUGGAAGGUAGACUAGAAAAAAAAAAAGAGUUCAUGUAUACAACAUACAUUUCAGUGCGUGUUCACUAUUAAAUACACCUUUGGAUGUUCAUUAUAUACUCUGUGAUGUUUGAAAUUGUUCGUUUGUUUUGGUUACCUAACAUAUGUACAGGUCACCGCCCGCACCGACUUUCCUCCGGUAGAAUCGGAAUUAAAUCAUGACCGCAA